AUGUCUACCGCAGGAGAUGUAAAUUCACGGGAUGGAGAAGCAAGGCAAUAUCUUGAAAGCCAUCGAGUAUUGGAAUUAUUUAACAACUUGACAUCACAGCUCAUUUACAACAGGCCAGAGGAGCCAAAAAAUUUUAUGAUAGAUGUUUUAGAAAAGCUUCAAAAGGCCAAAAUGACAAAAAUGGAUUUUCCUUGUCUGUUUGAUGAUACAAACAUCCAGUCUGUUUUUGGCAUGUUAGACCCAACCAAUCGCGGUUGCAUCACCGCUCAGCAGUAUUCAGCAGCUCUGACGACGCUGGGUGUGAAAAAUUUCGACGAAAGUCCAGAAGGAUCUUCAGAUGAUAGAAUAACAUUUGAAACAUUCCUGAAAGAAGCACGGAAAGGACUAUCCGAAGCAUCGGCUACGUUUGAGAACAGUUAAAGACAACAGACAAUAUGAAAAUCAUUGUAAAUAUUCACAGUGACGGAACAUUGAUUACAG